UAUUUGGUAUUAUGUCACUGAAAUUUGCCAUUGAAGGAAGCAAAAGAAAUUGAAAAGCAGUAAACAAGAGUGGGUCCCACCUUGGACCAAAAAGAUUGUUUUCCAAAAUUCUUCAUUCUUCUCUUUCCUUAAAAUUCAUUUAAAAUCAAAUGUUGUCUCUCCCUCUCCUAAACUUUCUUUAAUUUUUCCAAGAUUUUCCAUUUUUGGGAUACCCAAUUGGGAAAUAUUAACUGGGUAGUAAAGAUCUUUCGCUAUAGGGUUGAUUUGGAGGGGCACCAUAAACAUGUCAAUUUGGUUCUUUUAACUUUUGCAGGUCUAAGAUAUUCCUGGCGUCCAAUAAAAUUUGUGUAUACUGUGGUGCUCAAUAAACAAAGCCCGGUGGAAGCAUGGAAAAACUGGAAAGUGGAAAUUCCUUAAAGUUUUGCAGGGAUUCUGAACAAUUGUGCCAAUUUUGCAGCGGAACACAAGAGAAUGCAAGUCGGAUGAUCAAUCCAGCUGCUUCAUUACAAAGCAUAAACAGCUAUGGCUCGUGUUGCAGUGACUUUUCAGUUGAUGCAAACACAGAUGGGAGGGUUUAUGUAGAUGCAUGUAGUACAGACAGCAGUCAAGAAGAUUCUAGUUCUGCUAAAUGCAUAGGAAGGGAUGUAGAACUAAUGAGAACUGGUAAUUCCGAGGAACCCAAGGAUGGUAGAAGGGAAAGAUAUGAUGAUGACGAAGCUGGAACCUCUUGUAAUGAUGAAUUUGAUGCCCAGUUCUGGCUGCCCCCACAACCAGAAGAUGAUGAUGAUGAUAUUGAGGGCAGUGUGGCUAAUUAUGACGACGAGGAUGAUGAAUGUAGUGAUGGUCGGAUAUGGGGCAGGCCAGCAUCUUUAAUCAGCUUCGGUGAAGAAGGUUUUGGUAGUUAUAAGUUUAAAGAGGAAAGGCAAAAGGCAUUGCAAGAAGUAAUGAAUGGGAAGCUUAAGGCCCUUGUUAGUGACCUUCUUAAAUCUGUUGGUGUCGCCACUUCGGGGAAAGAAGGUGAUAACUGGCUUGAUAUAAUCACUUCCUUGUCAUGGGAGGCUGCUUCAUUUGUGAAGCCUGAUGCUACAGAAGGAAAGAUGAAUCCUUUAGAAUAUGUGAAGAUAAAAUGCAUUUCAACUGGUUCUCCCAGCCAAAGUCGUUUUGUCAGGGGGCUGGUCUUUAAAAAACAUGCUGCGCACAAGCACAUGCCAACAAAGUACGACAAACCUAGGUUGCUUUUGAUCCAGGGUGCACUAGGGCUCUCUUCAAGUGAGUUGUCAUCAUUUGAGUCCAUGCAACAGGAGAUAGAUAGUGAGAAAUCUAUCCUCGAUAUGAUAGAAAGAUACCAACCGAAUGUGGUUUUAGUGGAGAAUGCUGUUUCUCGUAGCAUACAGGAGUCUAUUUUGAAGAAAGGAUUAACUUUAGUCUUUGAUAUGAAACAACAUCGCUUGGAGAAGGUUGCUCGUUGCACAGGUUCAUUAUCUGCUGAUGUAUUGGUUGGCCAAAAGCUCAUGCAGUGUGAUUCCUUUCAUUUCGAAAAGUUUGUAGAAGAACAUUCUACUUCUGGUGAUGCCGGGAAAAAGCCUAGCAAAACAUUGAUGUUUAUUGAGGGCUGUCCUACUCGUCUGGGAUGUACAAUUUUGUUAAUGGGAUCUAACAGUGUUGAAUUGAAGAAGAUUAAACGUGUAGUGAAAGAUGAUGCGAUUGCCGUGGCGUACAAUUUAAUCCUAGAGACUUCUUUCCUCCUGGAUCAAAAAGCAAUGUUCUCAACACUUCCUCUUAGCCAGGAGGUGAAUCUAACACUUGGUAAUGAAACACCAUCGGUUACUGAUGGACAAGGAAUUAUAUCUAAUGCUGAGGAGCAUGUCGCUGAAACCAGUUCAUCCUCUACAGUUGAUAUUCCAAUAUCCAGUGGCUUCCGUGAAGAAAUAAAUCAUAAGUUAGACACAGAAAGCGAAUCUCUACCAUAUGAGCCAUACAACCCAGUCGUUCUAUCUGGAUUAUCAUCUAUCUCGUCCUCUGUCAGAAGGAUUGUGGGGGAUAAAUUUCCUCUCUUCUCCACCUCUCGUCAAUCCAUGUCCUCAUAUCUUAGUUUUAAUGGAGCCACGAAAGAUGAUCAGGGACAAGCUGAUGUUCAAGUUUCUAAUAUGCCUGAUUUGAUUAAUCAUAAUGAUGCAGAACAAAAACCGAGUUCUAAUGAGGUGAAUGCACCUGAAAAGGAGCAAUAUCAUACUCCACCUCUGCCGCAGGAAGAAUCUUUGGAAUCACAAGUAUCUGGUGAAAAGCUUGAAGACCAAGAACAUAUGAAGGAUGACAUGGCAUCGUCAUUGGCUUCUGAGAGUAUUUUGGUUCUGAUGUCCCGCCGGAAUGCUUCAAGAGGGACUAUGUGUGAGCAUAGCCGUUUUUCGCGGAUUAAGUUCUAUCGAGAUUUUGAUAUUCCCCUCGAAAAGUUUUUGCAGGAUAAUUUGCUAAAUCAGAAGCAGUGCAAGACCUGUGGUGAAUCCCCUGAAGCUCACAUUUUUCAUUAUGCGCAUCGCAACAAGCUCCUAACCAUUCAAGUUCGGCAUCUUCCCAUGGACAAGGGUCUGCGAGGUGAACGUGAAGGGAAACUCUGGAUAUGGAGUCGUUGCUGUAAAUGCAAAUCCCAGAGUGGAAGCUCAUUAUCCACAAAAAGAGUGUUAAUAUCCACUUGCUCACGCGGUUUUUCUUUUGGAAAGUUUUUGGAGCUCAGUUUUUCAAAUUCCUCUUUUUUUAGUCGACUGUCUCCCUGUGGUCACUCCUUUGAUAAGGAUUUCCUCUACUUCUUUGGGUUAGGGCGAAUGGUUGCUAUGUUCAAGUACUCUACUGUAACUACUUAUUCCGUGUUUCUUCCUCCCAAGGAGCUGGAAUUUAGCAGUUCCGUUAAAGGAGAAUUUCUUAAGCAGGACUUUGAUGAUGUGCACAUGAAAGGGAUUAUGAUGUUUCUUGAUGUAGAAAAAGCUCUGAAGGCAGUACAGUCUCGUCUUGGAACAGCGCUAAAUCUUCAAGGAUCAAUUAAGGAUUUUUCUGAAAUUGAAAACAUGUUGAAGGAAGAGAGAUCUCAGUUCGAGGUUGACAUACAAAAUGUAGUUAAGAAUGGGAGUCAGGAUGUUGUGGUUUAUAAAUUUCUAAGCUUGAACAGAAUACGACUUGAUCUUCUGCUUGAGGCGUGUGUGUGGGAUCGCCGUCUUCAUUCAUUGCUAUCUUCUUAUUAUACAGAUAGUGAUCCCAAAGGCAUCAACCCGAAGCAAUCUACAGUGCCAGAUAUUGAACCUAUUAGCCACAAAGAGCAACAAGUAAAGUGCAGCGUUGAAGGAGAUACUAAUUAUGAGGCAGUAGCUAAUCUGGGAAGAGGUGACAUAACUUUGGACGAUUCUCAUGAUCUGAAUAUAGAGUUCACUGAGGAUUCUUCUGCAGAGGAAAACAAUGGGACAGAAACCAUUGAAGAAAGUUGUGAAUUUCUGAACCAUAAUUGUGAUCUGAAAUUGAACCUGGUAUCUGCCGAAGCAAAUGGUUCUCUCAUUGCGGAAAUUCCUAUUGAUGCUAAUCUUAGUGGAUUUAGAGAAGAAAGCGCAUCAUCAAUUUCAUCUGCUUUUGCUGAAGUUACUGAGUUAUCUACUGCAGCAAAAAUAACUGCAAAUGGAUUAUCCGUCGAGGAUCCUGCAGUGAAAUCUAAUUGUUCACAUUCUGGUGACGAAAAUAAUCUACAAUCGAAUCUUCCUUCACCCACUCUUCUGCAGUCGGAUAAACUAAGUCUUUCUAGUGUUGAUGGGAGGACUGGCAGAGAUUCUAUGGAUCCUCAAUUGGACAAUAUUGAGAAUGAUAAAGGGUGGUGGGCUCCAUUCCCUGAAAUUCGGCGUGAAUACAUGAAGGAUCUGCAAAGAGGUUACCCCCCAAAAUUAGGACCCAUCACAACCCAUGCGGUAGAAACUACAGCUUACAAACUUGUUACUGAUGAGGGUGCAAAGUUGCACAUUCCCAUUGGAAGUGAGAAGUACGUUUUGUCUGAUUAUGAAGAUGAAGUUUCAAGCAUCAUCGCUUGUGCUUUAGCAAGGCUGAAGGAUUUGCCAAUUGUGUGUGAAGAUCUUGGUGAUGAUGGAAGGAAAGAUGGAGGAAUGGAUGGUAAUGCAUAUGAGAGUUCGAAAAGCUUAAUGCGAUUAUUCUCACUGACUUCUCCUCAUUUCUCCUCAACUGGUUCUUUAGAUUUAGAGGGGAUUCAGUCUUCCCAAGUUUCAGAACAAACACGCUCAUCUAGUUUAGAUGGGUUAGAUAUGUUAAAUUCUGCUGCUGUUCAUCCUGAAAUCUCCUUUGGUUCGGGAAAAUUGCCUGGGAAGCGUAAAUACUCAGUUAUGUGUCUCUAUGCUAGCCAUUUUUCUCGUUUGCGAGGUCGAUGUUGCCCAUCUGAAGUUGAUUAUAUUGCUUCUCUAAGUAGGUGUAGGAAGUGGGAUGCGAAAGGUGGGAAAAGUAAAUCCUUGUUUGCCAAAACUCUCGAUGACCGGUUCAUCAUCAAAGAAAUCUUGAGAGCAGAAUUUGACUCGUUCUUGAAGUUUGGUCAUAGUUAUUUUGAGUACAUGGAACAGUGCUACGAGAAGGGCAAUCAAACCUGCCUUGCAAAAGUUCUUGGAAUUUAUCAGGUCAUUGUAAGGCCAACAAAAAGUGGGAAAGAGACAAGACAUGAUCUCAUGGUGAUGGAGAACCUUUCAUUUGGAAGAAAUAUUACUAGGCAAUAUGAUCUAAAAGGAGCUCUGCAUGCUCGAUUUAAUUCAGCUGGCGAUACUGCAGGAGAUGUUCUUUUGGACCAAAAUUUUGUGAAUGACAUGAACAUCUCUCCUUUAUAUGUUGGAACGAGAUCAAAGAGGAAUUUGCAACGAGCCGUAUGGAAUGACUGUGGCUUCCUCAAUUCGGUCAAUGUGAUGGACUAUUCUUUACUUGUUGGAGUGGAUACUGAGCGCCGCGAACUUGUUUGUGGCAUCAUUGACUACCUCAGGCAGUACACAUGGGACAAACAACUUGAGAACUGGGUCAAAUCCUCGCUUGUGGUUCCCAAGAAUCAGCUUCCUACUGUCAUCUCCCCAAGGGAGUAUAAAAAGAGAUUUAGAAAGUUUAUCGACACACAUUUCCUAAGUGUUCCGGAAAAUUGGUGCUCCCAAAGACCUUCAAAUCUUUCCAUACGUUGUGGCAUAGCUGGUAGUAAUGAAGAUGCUAAGUCUAAAUUUCAAGAGGAGCACAACAGACAUGAGCACCAAUCAACUGCUCAUGGAAACCAAAACGAUACUAUUACCUGAUUUCUAUUGUUUUUUUUCUUCUUUUUGGUGGUUUCAUUUCCUUACCAUAGUAGCUACAUAUUAUCCAGCCAUUAAUUUCUGUACAUAGCUGCUAGGAUGCUCGUUGUCCUAGCACCUAGGUAUAUAUUAUACAUAUAUAUGCCCCCCUUCUCAUUUCUGCGGUUUUUAUAGCAAGUUUAUGGGGAUGGUUUCAUUAUUGAUUCUUUUAAGGUCAUUUUAGGUUGAAUAUAGCAAGUCUGCUGAGUAAUUGUAAAAAAAAGGCAUCCCUUGGACUUUACAUGAUAUGAAUAUUUUGCAAUGCUCUAGGAUUAUUCCUUCAAAUA